CUGGGAAGUCGGGUGUUAAAAAGGGGGAUCCAGGAAUAUGUGCCCUCUAAAACUCAUAGUUUAGUCACUUACAACUAAUAAUUUAUCACAGUGACCAAACAUAAUAUCAGGAACUUCGUGUUUUCCAGCAGGAGUUAAAUUCCUCUGCCCAAGAGGAGGCGGGACUGGCCUCCAAGAAACGGAGCUGCACGAAGCUUCAGGGCGGUGGUGUAAACAUACCAGUGGAGCCUCUGGGCAACAAGCAGAGCCGCAGCUCGGUGAAGUUGUGGCGGACACGGUGACCAUGGCAGCAGAAGGAGCGGCUGUGGAGGCGGGGAGCGGCCCGGACCAGAGCCCCCUGGUCUCAGUGACCUUCCAGAGAGACCCGGCCAGGAAGCAGAAAUACCUGGAGUCUGAACCCAAGGCUCUGGGGAUCACUCAGAUCGGCCUCAGCGUGUUUCAGAUCAGCGUGGUUUCUGUGUUCAUGGCCCGGGGAUUGGACCACGUAUCAGUUGAGAUACCGUUCAUCAUCGCAUCACUGCUGGUGAUAAUAGCCGGGAGUGUGGCCAUAGCAGCGCAGAACCUUCAUCUGCCCACUCUGAAGGCCUGUCUGGGGAUGCAGAUUGUGGCCUGUGGUGCGUCCCUGUUCAACAUGAUCCACACUGUGAUUAAACUGGAAGAUCAUCGGUAUCGUUGCUGGUAUUACGAUGAAGAAGAUCUCGGCACAUUGAAUUUCACCACUUGCAAGCAAGUUUCAGACGCCUAUUCUCACAUGGAUUCUGAGAGCAUUCUCGUUCAGGCUGCUCUGGUGGCUAUCUCCAUCACUCUGGCUGCCUACUGCUGCAAGGUGGUCAACUGCUGCUCCCCGGCCCCCAAAAUGCCGGUGAUCACUGUACAAGCCCCUCCUGCCCCGCACUGAGGACAGAUGCUGUCUGAGAACAGAAGCCAGGCGCAAAGCCUCAUAUAGCUCCUUAAAAAAAUACAUAAAGGUUUAUAAAUGUCAACAUGUAUGGUACAAAUGACAAAAAUACUGUAUAAUCCUGUGGUAUACAACAUUGUUUUGUUUACACUUGAUAUCUAUGUUUUUAUAUGGACUUAAUCUCCACUGAUGUGAACUUUGUGCAUAAGGGUUACUCACAUUUUUGGAGAGAAUUCCUCAUGAGGUAAACCCAUAAAAUAUAUCAUAGUAAUUUCCAUGAUGUAAGUCAUAUGAAGAAAGCAUGUAAUUGAUUUUUGUUUAUCUUGGUGGUUUGUCUAUGGCUGAUCACCAACUGGAGGAAAUACAGUUUCCUCCUUUUUAUUUAGCACCACA